AUGUCGUAUACAAGACCAUCAGCUAAUAGAUUUUUUGAAAAGAUUCGUAGACUAUUAACUUUAAAUCCGGAAUCGAAUACGGGUGUUCCCAUUACAGGAACCUAUCGUACACCUGCUCCGGGAUCACAACCAAAAACUUAUAAGCGGCCACUAACCAAGCAUUCAGAUUUGGCACAAAAUUAUUAUUAUGAUCGAGAUGCGAGACGUAAUUUUCCUCGUUUAGCUGUGUAUACUCAAAACGAUGUUGCAAAACUUAUUGCUGUAUCAAAUUUAAAAAGUAUCGCAGCAGAAGGAGGAUCAACUCAGGUAGCAAAUAUUCCAGAAGACUUAUCAUUAACGGAAAUAAUUGCAUCUGCACCAACGUUUUAUUCUUCCGAAAAACUACCACCUCUUCCAGGACGUCCCUUAUAUAAUUGGAAAAAAUCAGAAAGCAUUGAACCAUAUCCGGGUUUUGUAAAUUUAUCAAGUUAA